AUGGAAAAUUCACCGCUUUUACCGAUUAGAGAGAGUGAUACAAAUAUCUCUGGUCGCAAAUUUUACAACACUCUAGUACUUGGAAUCCUUUGUGCUUGUAUUGCAUCAUUUGUUAUACAGACAGAAUACAUGACAGAAUUUAUUGAAAUUGGCAGUGAACUAGUUAGUAGAGUCAGAUCAAUACGUCAAGUAGAUUACAUAGAUACGGAAAACGAAGAAGGCAGUGAUGUACAAGAUAUGCUUGUAUUUUUACUGGGUGAAUCAAUAAAUAUAGGAAAAGUUUGCUCCGUAUUUUUAAGCAUUGCAGGUGUUAUAAUCAUGACGAUGAAUCAAAAGGAUCAAACACCGAAACAUGAUAUCGGUGGGCACUCUGAGGUGGGUGACAAUGGCAUCAUUUUUACAGGAGAUUUAGUUGCUUUGUUUGGUGCAGUCACUUAUGGGUUAUAUGAGGUGCUAUAUAAGAAGUAUGGAAGUCCGCCAACACCGUCCAUUUUAUUUUCAAACACUAUCACAGGUUUAAUUGGUAUAUUCACCUUAAUUUUUCUAUGGGUGCCAAUUCCCAUAUUACACUAUAUGGAAAUAGAAGAGUUUUGUCUUCCAGAUAUGAAGACUUUUGGUUACAUUCUAUUCAUGGCUUUGUUCGGGGUUGUUUUCAAUGCAUGUUUUAUGGUAGUAAUUGCUUUAACAUCACCUAUAUUUGCCGCUAUUGGGAUAAUGCUGACCAUUCCUAUAGUAGCAUUUGUAGAUGCGUUGGUAAUUAAUUCCCCGUUAAAUGCGAGUACAAUUGUUGGUGGUUUGUGCAUAUUAAUAUCAUUUGUUUUAUUAAGCUGGAAAAGUAUCAGAGAUGUGGCAGAAAAACGUAGAUCGGAGUAG